UGAAUUUUUUUCAACGUAAACAAAAACAUGAGGAAGCUGGUGAACACGAAAUAAUUAUUUAGAAUCAUCCAUAAUCAUGAAAAGUAAAUGUGGUUUGUUCGAGAUAUGUAUACUUUACUUAUAUUCUCUUUGGUAUUUAAUUUGCGAAUGUAUUGGUAGAGUGUUUUGGAUGAAAUCUGGAAUAUAUGGACAAGUGUUCAUGCGAUGUGAAGGACGCACAGCUCUUAUUACUGGAGGAACAAGUGGUAUUGGUUUUGAAACUGCAAAGAAACUACUAUCUUUUGGCAUGAAUGUGAUCAUUGGUUCUAAUGCUUCAGCUCAAGAAAGUGAGAAAUGCUUAGAAGAGCUGAGAGUUUUGUAUCCAAAAAGUAAAGUUGAAAUUUGGUAUGUGGAUUUGUCUUCCAUGAGUUCUGUAAAGACAUUUGCUGAGAAGUAUUUACUUUCUGGAUUACCUCUUCAUUUAUUAAUCAAUAAUGCGGGUAUAAUGUUUGCACCAUAUAAAAUGACAGAAGAUGGUUUGGAGUCUCAUAUGGCAGUCAAUUAUUUUUCUCAUUGUUUGCUGACUAAGCUUCUUCUGCCUCGUCUGAAGCAAUCAGCAAGUGAAAAAUGUAAAGCCAGGAUAGUUAAUGUAGCUUCGUGCCUGCACUUUUUAUCUGAAAUUGAUUUUCAAGAUUUGAAUAGUUUACAUUCAUAUUGCCCUCAUCACAGUUAUAAACAGUCCAAGCUGUGCCAAGUCAUGUUUACCCAGUCAUUAAAUAAGUUCCUUAAGAACAGUGGAUGCCCUGUUUUAGUCAAUUGCAUUCAUCCUGGAAUAAUAUAUACAAAUUUGUAUAAACAUGUCUGGUGGGCUUCAUUUCUUGGGCCAUUAUUUUUCAGG